GUGUGCUGGCGUGCGCAGGCGCGGGCGGAGGAGGAGGAGGAGGAGGAGGAGGAGGAGGGGGAGGAGGAGGAGGCGCGGGGCAACCGCAGCCGCCUGGGCCCCGCCACCCUCGACCUCUUCCACGCGCUGCGCCCGGCCAGGAGCUGCGAGCUGCCGCCGCCAGACGCCCCAUGUUCUACCGCCGCCGCCGCCUCCUCCUCCACCAUCACCAAGCAGCCAGCUGUCUUCCCCAACCGCAAGUGGUCAGCUGACUCCAUCGCUGUCGUCACCGCCGCCACCCACAAGACGCCGGCUGCCUCCAUCGCCGCGCCCACUCCGGUCCCUUCUUCGGCCGUUGCCGCCACCGCCGCCAGCGCUAAGAGGCCGACUCUCUCCCUCGCCCUCAAGGGACAGGCCGUCUGCAACGCCGACCACACAGGCUCUACUGUUUCUGCCGCGGCUGCCGCCUGCCCUAUAGGGCGCAACCUGUCUGCCGCCGCCCGGGGCACGGCCGCCUCCGCCCCCGCUCCCAGCGCAUGCGCCAAAGCGCCGCCCGCCUCCACAUCGCCGGUGCCCACUAUAGGCGAGCGAUGCGCGGGGUCUCUCGAAGCUGCCAACGUGACGGCGGUCUGACGUCAUCUGCCGGAGAAGGCUUCCCGGCGACACCCCCACCCCGCCCGCGAACCCUCGCCCAGGGCAGCUGCCAUGGCGUAAGAACUUCGAGGGCAUGGAUGUACCCUAUGCCGUUCGACGAGGGAUAUCUGUGGAUCAGUCGAACUUGUGACUCUCAUUGUCACCCUGUGUGUUCACUGAU